CUCCACAUCCGGUUUGGCGUCACUCGCGGGGUAAUUAGCGAUUUCGCUGUUCUGUUUGCGCAAGGACCCCCCGUCGUGGAGAUGGUCUCUGCUCGCUCAGUGGCUGGAACGAACGCUCCGGUUUGUACAGCCGCAGCGCAAUAAGCCCUGUAGGGAAGAAAGACAACUUUAUGAUCGAUAUCGGCUGAUGUUCCCGAAACUCUUUUGGAGCGCAGGUAGCAUGAGCAGAGAGAGGGAGCUGGGACAGGCCAGGUGAGGGCGGGGCCUCUGAUCCACAGCUGCUUCCUGCCACGCCCACCUGGGUCGGAUCGGAUCGGAUCGGGUCGGAUCGGGUCGGGACAGAUCGGGAGGAAAGAUGGCGCGGCAUGCAAACCUCUACGUCAGCCCGCAUGACCUGGAGGCCACGCUGCAGAGCCCCCGGGAUGAGGAUGUGCUCCAUAACUCCUUCAGCCAGCUGAUCGAGGAGCAGAGCCACGGCCUGGAGGCCCUGGAGGCCCUGGAGAUGGAGGACCUGACCGAAGAGCAGAGAGAUCACCUGACCUACCUGCGGGGUCCUGCGGUGGAGGGGCGUGGCCAGCGCCGGGGGCGGGCCCGGGACCAGGAGGACGGCCGGGUGACAGACCCUCUCAUGGAGGCGCCCUGGUCCUCCGACACUCUGCGCGUGCUGUCCGCCAUGCCCAGCCGCACCAUUGGGCGCAGCCGCGGGGCGAUCAUCUCUCAGUACUAUAACCGCACCAUGCAGCUGCGUAGACGGCGGCAGACCCGCCCGGCCAUCCGCGACUUCUCCCUGCGCUCGGCGCGGCCCAGUAUCCGCGGGUACGGCGUGGAGAUGGACGUCAGCGAGGAGGAGAGUAAGAAGGAGCAGCUGGUGAAUAACUUGCAGAACCUGUCUCUGGGAGACCGCGUCAGCAUGCUCCGUGGCAUGCCUCUGAGCAUGGCUGAGAAGAACGAACUCAGGAAGAGGGCCUACAACUUCAAGGAGGGCCGCUCCAUCACCAGCCGCCAAAUCUCCUGCUUCAGCCGACUCAAGUAUUACUUCAUCAUCGCUCUGAGGCAGGGCUGGUACAGCUGGCUCUCCUUCCUGCACUCCCUGCAGCUGUGGCAGGUGGCGCUAAAGAGGGUCAGCGGCCGCUUCGGCACCGGCGUGCUCUCCUACUUCGACUUCCUCAAGACCCUGCUGCUCUUCAACAUCUUCCUCUUCCUCGUGUACGGCCUCUUCCUCCUCCUCCCGCAGGCCAUCCAUCGGCCCGGCCCCGAGGGCACCCAGGGCCCCUGCACCGAGGGCCCCUGCCCGUCCUUCACCGGCCUGGAGCUCCUGACCGGGGGGGGCUCCUUCGAAGACACAGUGAUGUACUACGGUCACUAUGCCAACCACACACUCACCACCGGCUGCCGGCCGGCCCACAAUGCAACGGGGCCCCAGCCGGCGUGCGCCCGACGCCUGCCCUACAACAUGCCCCUGGCUUACUUCUUCACCAUCGGAGUCAGCUUCUUCAUCACCUGCAUCAUCCUCGUCUACAGCAUGUCCAAGUCCUUUGGGAGAAGUUUCCACAUUAGCAAGUCUCACGGCUGUCUGGCGGCCAAGGUGUUCUCAUCCUGGGACUUUAAAGUCAUGAAGAGGAGCUCUGUCAGCCUGCAGGCCCAGAACAUCUGCACACAGCUAAAGGAGCUGCUGGGGGAGGUGCGGGGCAGGGCGGGCGGGCGGGCCCUGGGGGUGCGGGUCUCUCGCUGGGUGGUGCAGGCCCUGGCCUGGCUGAUGUGUGUGGGCAGCACGACGGCCUGCACCCUCGCCGUCUUCUACUUCUCCCAGUACAUGCACCAGGACCAGAAGACACGGGCGCACUCCUCCCUCCUCCACAGGACCCAGGAGCAGGAGGCCAGCCUGCUGGCCCUCCCUGUGGUGGUGUCCUCCUUCAACCUGCUCCUGCCCGGCUUCUACAACACCGUGGGCUGGAUGGAGGAGUACGACUCGCCCAGUGUGCGCGCCUACAUUGCCAUCUUCAGGAACCUCCUGCUGAAAGUGAGUCUGCUGGCGGUCCUGUGCUACCAUUGGCUGGGGAGGAUUGCACAAGACCCAAAGGUCCUCGGCUUGCAGUGCUGGGAGAGCUUCGUGGGGCAGGAGCUGUACCGCUUCCUCCUGAUGGACUUCAUCUUCACCCUCCUGGACACCUUCUUCGGAGAGUUCCUCUGGAAGUUGUUCUCUCAGAAAGUGUUGAAGAGGAAGAGGAAGCCGGAGUUUGACAUCGCUCGCAAUGUCCUGGAGCUCAUCUAUGGACAGACUCUGGCCUGGCUGGGCGUGCUGUUCUCCCCCUUACUGCCCGCAGUGCAGAUUGUGAAGCUGCUGCUGCUGUUCUACAUUAAAAAGGCCAGUCUGAUGCUGAACUGGCAGGCUCUGUGCAGGGCGUGUGUAUUGUGUGUGAAUAGGGUGUAUAGUGUGUGUAUAGUGUUUAUAGUGUCUGUAUAGUGUGUGUGUGUGUAGUGUUUAUAGUGUGUGUAUAGUGUGUGUAUAGUGUGUUCAUAGUGUAUAAUGUGUGCAUAGUGUGUAUAGUGUUUAUAGUGUGUGUAUGGGGUGUAUAGUGUGUGUGUAUAGUGUGUCUAUAGUGUGUUCAUAGUGUAUAAUGUGUGCAUAUAGGGUGUGUAUAGUGUGUGUAUAGUGUUUAUAGUGUGUAUAUAGGGUUUAUAGUGUGAAUCAUGUGUAUAGGAUGUUUAUAGUGUGUAUAGGGUGUGAAUAGUGUGUUCAUAGUGUAUAAUGUGUGCAUAUAGUGUGUGCAUAGUGUGUGAAUAGGGCGUGUAUAGUGUGUGUAUGUAUAGUGUGUGCAUAGUGUGUGAAUAGGGUGUGCAUAGUGUGUGAAUAGGGCGUGUAUAGUGUGUGUAUAGGGUGUGUAUAGUGUGUGUAUAGUGUGUGAAUAAUGUGUGAAUAGUGUGUGCAUAGUGUGUGUAUAGUGUGUGAAUAGGGCGUGUAUAGUGUGUGUAUAGGUUGUAUAGUGUGUAAAUGUGUGUAUAGGGUGUAUAACUCUAUGAUG